AUGGAGCUCACUUCGGGCAUCAGGCGGCUUCUUGUCGCGAACAGAGAUACUGAGAUCAAGGCAAGAGGAGAGAUUGCCAUCCGCAUCAUCUCCUCCGCACGCGAACUUGGGAUCCAUACCGUCGCCAUCUAUACCAAGGACGACGAGAAUCAUGCAAUCCAUGCGGACGAAGCCGUCUGUCUGAAGCUGCCAGAAGACUUCAUGAACGGCAAGCUCCUGACACAGCUGUGUCUCGACCACCAAAUCGAUUCCGUCCACCCGGGAUAUGGAUUCCUCUCAGAAAAUGCCGAUUUUGCUGAAUCGCUGGAGACGGCGGGGAUCCGCUUCAUUGGCCCAACGCCAGAGAUCCUGAGACGCACGGGUGAUAAAACGACAGCUCGUGCGCUGGCAGAGUCGUGCAACGUCCCGGUGUUGCCUGCCCUAAAGGAGCCAAUUGCUCACCUGGAAGAGGCGUCUGGGUUUAUCAGCGCGACUGGUUUCCCCUUGAUGAUCAAGGCCGUUGAUGGCGGUGGAGGCCGCGGUAUCCGAUUGGUAUCCAGUGCUGAGCAUUUGAAAGACGGGUUCGACCGUGCUCGAGGAGAGUCCCCCGGAGGAAAAGUCUUCAUCGAGAAGGCUGCCGUUGACGGAUACCGGCACGUGGAAGUCCAGAUCAUUGGUGACGGCCGUGGACAGGUGGCACAUCUUUGGGAGCGCGAGUGCAGUAUACAGCGAAGAUUCCAGAAAAUGGUGGAGCUGGCACCCUCGACCAUCCAAAACCGCGAACUUAUCGCAACGGUGAUUGAGAGCGCGAUCAACGUGGCCAAGUCGAUACGAUACAGGUCUUUGGGGACAUUCGAAUACCUCGUACACGAGUCCAGACCAGAGUUUUACUUCCUAGAGGUCAACCCACGACUUCAAGUGGAGCACACUGUGACAGAAGAAAUCACGAAUGUAGACCUGGUACGAGACCAGCUGCUCAUCGCCCAAGGUGCGACGAUUGACAGCCUGGGCUUGCCCUCAAGAGAGGCGACCGCCUCCCCACAGAACGCCCCGAAGAGAACAGCCAUACAGCUACGCGUGACGGCCGAGGAUCCCGUCCAGGGUUUCACUUUGAGCAUGGGUCGAAUCUCGCAGUUCCACUGUCCUGGCGGCCGUGGCGUCAGGAUUGAGACUCAUCUCAGUGGCACUCGAGCCACUGUAGUCGGAUCAUCUUUCGACUCACUCCUUGCCAAGGUCAUUGUGAGCACCUCGACGCGAGAAGAGUCCAGGCGGAAAGGCCUGCGAGCUCUUUGCGAUCUGGCUAUCCACGGAGUAAAGACCAAUCUGCCGGUUCUUCUGGGCACGCUUGCCUCGGCCGACUUCCAGAAAUCUGCCUGCUCCACCACCUGGCUGGAAAAGAACCUGCCUGAGGUGCUGAAACUCGGCCAGGGUAUGGAAGCCUCUACACGCUCAGUGAGGCAAGUGUCCGUCACAGGAACAUCCGGCAACGAAGCCGGAUCCUCUACGGCUGGGGCUAUCGGCAACCCCUCAAACAUCCUCUUCAAGAAAGGCGAUGCAUUCCGAGUGAAAUUGAGUGGGCUGUUGGACGGUGGCCGGAAAACCACAGAAGAGGAACAUGUCAUUGUUCUCGAUCGCAUCAUGAACAACGAUUUCCCCAACCUCAUCGCCGGCGACGUGUCCCUUCUCUCCGGGUCCUCGGAAGCAAAGAAAUUCACCGCGAGCUUGGCCAUCUCGACUACGGGCUCCAAUCUGGCGUCGUCGCAUCACCGCAAAGGCGACCCUUCGAACCCGAACCACGUCGUCCUGCCAUUCGCCGGGGUGGUGGUCGAGCUCCUGGCCGAGGCUGGGGACGAGGUGCAAGAGGGCGAAGUCCUGAUGGUAGUGCGACAGAUGAAGAUGGAGCUGGAGGUUCGAGCGCCAGCAGCUGGCGUUCUGACCUGGGUGUGUGAUGUCGAAGAAGGAGAGAAUGUGGGCGAAGGAAUGUUGGUUUGCGAAUUGGAGCCUCGCAAGGAGAAGACGCCAGCUGGCGCACUCGGGUUGGCGGCAAAAUUAUAG